AUGACUGAUACCGUCAAAGAAGUCAUGGGAGGCGAAGAAAAGCCCAGAAGGCCGUCUAGCGCAAUGAUGCUGCAGCCGCAGAAAUUGAUGCAGGAGGCCCCUCUCGACAUGGAUGUUAAGAACUCUAUCUUAGGGAGGUGUAAAUUAAACGUUGGCCUCCUGAUCUGCAAGCAAGAGUUCAGCUUGAGCUGCCAACCUAUCGCUAGAGUUGCAGCCACCGCAAGUUUUGAUACCGUUUAUGUAACGAUCAAUACGGUGCAAUCUGAUGACUAUGGGCGAUUCUUAGCACUUCUCGUGGCUUUCAAUUCCCUAGAAGCUUCAGUGAAGCAUGUGUACUCCAAUGAAUCGACCGCGAGUUUUGAAGUGAACUCAAUGGUUAUGUCUCUCAUGAAUAGCAAACACCUCGGCAAUUCAAAAGGCAUAUCGGCUGUUCUUCGGAUAAGUCCGAUGCAGGUAGCCCUCAAUGCCAAACAAGUUCAGGAUUUUCUACUCUUCCGGGAAAUAUGGCUGCCGGCCGCUGACAAUGUUGAAGCGAAGCCAGCUUUUCAGUCACAGUCCGCCGAGACACAAGCAUAUAUCGUCCAGCGAUACCAACAGGUGGCAUCGGCAUCGGUAUUCCCCUGGAAUACGACAAUAGCAAUUGAGAAGCUGGAAAUUCAGCUUGAUCUAGGUUCAUCCCUUGGGAAAGCCCAGUUUGCCAUCAAUGAUCUAUGGUUGUCGUCAAAGAAGACGUCUGACCGAGAACAGACCCUCUGUGUUGGCUUCAAGGCAGCAGGAAUAGAAAGCAAAGGCCGAAUGAGCGGACUGAUUGAGCUCCAAACUUUCAAAGUGCAGACAUCAAUUCAAUGGCCGGACGACACUUUUCAUAAUAAGACACCGCUCAUUCAGGCGUCGAUAUCCUUCAACCUGUUCCAAGCAAAGGUCUCUUUUGACUAUCAGCCUUUCCUUAUUGCCCAUAUCACAAUGUUCGACUUCUUGAUGUAUAAUGUCUGCAGUGCGUCGGGUAACGGACACCAGCGGCUCUUCAGCAUUCUGGAGGGCGACCAAGUACAAGUUUUCUGUACAAGCUUGACUGCAUCACAGACUGUUGCAUUAUAUCAGGCCUGGCAACGACUAGUACAAGACAAACAGACGUCGUACGAAGCUGCACUGCGUGAGGUUGAAAGAUACAUGCGGCGAAGGUCAUCGGUUUUCGCUGGUAAAGCUGAUUUACCAACUAAGGAUGUGGCCAGGGACGCAAACGAUAAGGAGGAAAAGGCACCGAUCUCCUUACAGACAGGUGUUGCAGUCACUAUCAAAUCUGUCAAUAUAGGUGUCUUUCCAAGCUCCUUCUUCGAUAACCAUGUGCUGAGGCUGGAUGCACACGAUGCACAGGCUCGCUUUGAUGUAUCACUACAGGAAGGUAAAAUACACAGUGCGCUGGGGCUUACACUUGGCCAGUUACGUGUCGCACUCUCCGGUAUUGUGCGGCCUGAUCCUACAGAGGUUGAGCAGCUUCUUGUCGGUGAGAUCGCAAACCGUGUGCUGGCGUCCAGCGGCGGUACAAUACUAAAGGUCCCUCGGCUCGUGGCACAAAUGGAAACCUGGCAAAACCCCGGCACCCAGCAAAUCGACUAUAUCUUCCGCAGCACGUUUGAAGGGAAAGUCGAUGUUGGGUGGAACUACUCCCGCAUUAGUUUUAUCCGAGAUAUGUGGGAAUCCCACUCCCGGGCAUUGACCUCCAGGCUUGGAAAGCCCCUGCCGCCAUCUGCGGUGCGCAUUACGGGCGGAUUGAAUGAAGGUGGCAGCGACAAGAAGGAUCAACAACAGGAAAAGAUCACAGCGGUUGUAAAUGUCCCACAGUCGAAGUACACGUAUGUUGCGCUGGAGCCACCGGUAAUCGAGACGCCGCAGCUCCGCGAUAUGGGUGAGGCCACCCCACCGCUGGAGUGGAUUGGGCUUCAGCGCGAUAAGCUGCCCAAUGUCACUCAUCAAAUCAUUAUCGUGACAUUACUAGAAAUUGCGAAAGAAGUGGAGGAUGCAUAUGGGAAGAUCCUAGGAUCGUCGUGA